AUGGAUUCUCUCGCUGACCCAUCGCAAGAUAAUGAGAACUUAGAGAUUAAAGAUAAUAGCAAUCCAAAUUGCGUCAAGGAGGAAGACCAAGAAAGCACAAGUAAUUUGCCUAAAGAAAGUGUUAAAACGGAAGAUGAUGUAGAUAAACAUGAUGACCCUGUCGUGCCUGAUAUUAUUUGUACAGAGCAAAAUACAAGCUCUGAUGCGAAUGACUGUACGGACGAUGACGCUAGCACAGAUGACCUAUUCGCUAAAGCAGAUUUCACUAAAAAAAGAUUUUCAGUUGAUUAUAAGAAACGCCGGAUAGAUUUUAAAAGAUUCUCUAUUGAUUGUAGUAGGAAUGUUGCUACUUUAGAGGAGCUUGCAAAUCUUGAAAAGGAAUUAGCUAGAACAAACGUGGAUGUACGCAUAGGUAGGCGUAAAUCAACGGGUAUUUUGAAAUCGACGUCUGAUAGUGGGGAUAUAGGAGAUAGCCGUCUGAAAAUAAAACAAGACUCCUGUUCGGAUGAUGAUGAAGUAUUUGAGAGGGAAAUGGUAUUGAGUGAUACAGAGGGGCCUAGAGAACCCCCAGCUACCCCUGUCGGGCGUGAUGAAUUGGCUUUACGGAGACAUAGGUUUUUUUCGGAUUUAGUAUGUGCCGCUAGAGCUGCUGUUGAACAUAGAGUAAGAUUUGAUCCACUGGGGCCAGUCAUUGCUGAUGGUGGUAAGGAUAUAUUCUAUAGUCACAGAUAUUGUAGC